CUGAGCUGUACCACAAAAUACAUGAAGAAGUAGUAUUUUCAUGUUUCAGAGAAGGAAAGAAAACAAGAUGGCGAACUGGAAAGAAAGAUGCUGCUAUGGAGAGGUGUUUCCUUUCACGGCAAUGGUUACGGUCGAGUGUGUCAGUGUUGGCUUGAGCACCAUCUUCAAAGCAGCCACCUUGAAGGGUUUGAAUUAUCGUGUCUUCAUGUUAUAUUCCAAUGGGCUUUCAGCUCUUAUCCUCCUCCCCCUUUGCUUCUUCUUCCACAGGAAAUCUCGGCUUCCUCCGUUGUCUUUUGGUCUCCUUGCUAGAUUUUUCUUCCUCGGGAUUCUCGGCUUUCUAGGUCAAUUUCUUGGAAGCAAAGGAAUCGAGUACAGUACUCCAACACUGGCUUCUGCCAUGUCCAACCUUACCCCAGCUUGCACUUUUAUCCUGGCAGUGCUCCUAAGGAUGGAAAAGCUAAAAGUCAAAAGCUUGAGCAGCCAAGUUAAGGUAAUGGGGAGUGUAAUAACGAUUGCAGGAGCCCUAGUGGUGGUUCUGUACAAAGGCCCUGUUCAGAUGAGGAGCCCUACAUCUUCAGCUUCUGUUUUUGCACAACAGCCAGCACUGGUCAAUGUCACCACUGGGGCUGAGCAAUCGGAUUGGAUCAAAGGUGGUGCGCUUCUCGCUGCCGACUAUAUGAUAGCCUCCGUUUGGUAUAUCUAUCAGACCAACGCUAUCGUGGAUUACCCGGCAGAACUAGUUGUGGUUUUCUUCUACAACCUAUCAUGCGCGAUCCUGGCAAUACCGGUUUGUUUAAUCGGGGUACCAAAUUCAAGUGCAUGGAAUAUACUGAAACCUGACGUGCGGUUGUACUCAGUGGUGUAUGCAGGUGUAAUGGGAUCAGGCUUCGGAAUUCUUGUUCAGACCCGGUGCUUACAUGUAAAGGGACCUGUAUAUGUAGCUUUAUUUAGGCCGUUAUCGAUAGCCAUUGCUGCAGUGAUGGGAUUCAUUUUUCUUGGCGAUAACUUCUACAUUGGAAGCUUGAUCGGAUCCUUGAUCAUAUCUUUUGGGUUUUACAUGUUGAUAUGGGCAAAAGCUCAAGAAGUUAAUGGAGAGAGAUCACCUGAAGGGAAGUUUGUGGCAUCCUCAAGCGCAAAUGCUCCAUUAUUAGAGCAGUACGAUGAUUCAAGAAAUGAAGGACGUGAGCCCUUAACUACUUGAAUAAUCAAAUGCAUUUACUUUGCGAACUGGUUGUCUACUCCUACUUUUUGACUUGUUUAGAGAUUUUUUGAGAUUCCUAAUGGGAUUUAAAAAAAGGUGAUUUCUUGGGGUCAAAAAAAGGAGAUUUCUUGAGAUCUUGGGCAACCAUGUUGAUAGCUUUUGUGUAUUUUCACGACAGCUGUGCGUGUAAAAUUAAUAUUGUAUGUGCUCCAUUCCAUGGAAUUAAUUCUUUUCACAUUUUAAGCCUAAUGCAAUAUAUUUUAUAAUUUGCUGA